AACAAGGCCCAUAUAUUCGAGCCCAGAAACCGUCAGCAUUUCCAGGCGCUCCUUCAAAGCCACGAGUUUCUGACAUAGCCGACACAUCUGUCCACUUAACCUGGACAGCCAGUGAACAGAUUGGCCAGUCGCAUGUUUUUGCAUUUGUUGUGGAAUAUUUUAGUCCACAGACUUCUGAG